AUGUCACACGAAGCCAAAAACGCGGCCGUGGUGGAAAAAGACCAGGCCGACGUAUCCCAUCUGGAAAAGAAUGGCAGCCUGCGCGACGACGGUGCCUCCGGCGACGGCCACAUCACGUUGACCGAGGAGCAGGAGCGCAGCAUCAUAUGGCGCAUCGAUCGCCGCCUGGUUCUCACCGUUGGCGCGCUGUACUGCGUCAGCCUGAUGGACCGCGUUAACAUGAGCGCGGCCAACAUUGCCGGCAUGGCCAAGGAGCUGGAGCUGACUGGCUACCGCUAUGCUAUUGCUAACCUCGUCUUCUUCGUCACCUACAUUGUCUUCCAGCCGCCCUCGACCGUCAUGAUCCGGGCCGCCGGGCCCCGUCGCCAUCUCUCCCUCAUCACCCUUCUCUGGGGCGUCGUCACCCUGUGCAUGGGCUUCACCAAGAACCACGAGCAGAUUACCGCCCUUCGAGCUGUCCUCGGUAUAUUUGAGGCCGGUUUCUUCCCCAGUGCCGUGUACUUGCUCAGUACCUGGUACACGCGAUACGACGUUGGCAAGCGCUACUCGGUCUUUUACAUUGUGGGCUGCCUUGCAGCCGCCUUCUCCGGCAUCCUUUGCUACGGGCUCAUGCAGCUCAACGGCGAGGGCGGCCUCAGCGGCUGGCGAUGGAUCUUUCUCGUGCAGGGCCUCAUCACCGUAGUGCUCGCCGUCUGCGCGUACUGGCUCCUCGUCGACUUUCCCGACUCGGACCGGCCGACGUGGAACUUCCUCUCGCGGGACGAGCUCAACUGGGUCGUCGCACGCAUCCACCGCGACCGCGGCGACUCGACCGUGUCCAAGUUUGACAUGCGCUCCUUCUUUGGCAACGCCCUCGACGCCAAGAUCUGGUCCUUUGCGCUGAUCUUCUUCAACACCACCACCAUCACGUACGCGCUCGCGUACACGCUCCCCAUCCUGCUCAUCGAGAACAUGGGCUUCACCGUCGGCCAGGCGCAGUGCCUCGUCGCGCCGCCGUACGCGUUUGCCGGCAUCAUCAUGUACGCCAGCGCCGCGCUCGGCGACCGUUUCCGCGUCCGCGGCCCGCUCAUCAUCUUCAACAUGCUGCUGUGCCUCGUCGGCCUGCCCAUCAUGGGCUGGGCCAGCAGCACCGGCGUCCGCUACUUUGGCGUCUUCCUCGUCACCGCCGGCGCCAACUGCAACGUGCCUACCGUCAUGGCCUACCAGGCCAACAACCUGCGCGGCCAGUGGAAGCGCGCGUUCUGCAGCGCCACCCUCGUCGGCUUCGGCGGCAUCGGCGGCAUCGCGGGCAGUCUCAUCUUUCGCGAGCAGGACAAGAAGACGGGGUACAAGCCGGGCAUGUAUGCGUGCAUCGCGUGCGCGGCGCUGAAUGUUUUGCUUGUUGCCGUGACGGAUCUGUACUUUCACUCGGCCAACAAGAGAGCGGACAAGGGCGGCAAGGUUCCCGAGAGUCAUGACGAUAAUGAUGCCCCCGAUUUCCGGUACACUCUCUAG